AGUAGUUUCUACUCCGCUGCAGCCAGUCGUUUGUCGUCGUAUUUUCGCAUUUGCAUCGCCCGAAAGUGGUUCCGGAUGGUAGUGAUAUUUUCGUGAAAAUCCCCAGUGGAAUCCACUUUUUCCGUGAAAAGUGUAGCGAAAACCCGUUCAAUCCCCCCGGGGGAAGAUAAUUGCGUGGAAAUUGUGCGAAAGUUGUGCCUAGCGAACGCGAAAAAGCGAAGUGAAAAAAGUUCCCAUUCGCCGUUCGCCGAUUAGUGAGGAAGCAGAAAAAGGCCGAGCGCAACGAAAUUGCCGUGCCGAAGAAAAAGAAAGGAGGACCGACCGAGAAACGAACAGAAGAGCGAAGAAUUUCAACCGCGAUGGACAGCCCAUGUGAAUCAGAGAGUUCUCUCGAUGGCGGAGCAAUGCUUCCACCGAGUCCAGUGUCGCGGGAACAGCUACAGAAACGCAUCGAAAGUUUGACUCAACAGAACAAAGUGUUGAAGGUUGAGCUGGAUACCUACAAAAUUCGAGUGAAGGUAAUUCAAGAGGAGAAUCGGGCAUUGCGACAAGCUUCAGUCAUUAUUCAAGCAAAAGCCGAACAAGAAGAGGAAUACAUUUCGAACACCUUGCUGAAAAAAAUCCAAGCCCUCAAGAAAGAAAAAGAAACCCUUGCCCAUCAUUAUGAGCGCGAGGAGGAAUGUCUUACCAACGAUCUGUCGCGUAAACUGGACCAGCUGCGACAGGAGAAAUGCAAACUGGAACUCACCCUGGAGCAGGAACAGGAAUGCCUAGUGAAUAAACUGAUGCGAAAGAUCGAAAAACUCGAAGCGGAAACAUCCGCCAAGCAGAAUCAUCUGGAGCAACUGCGCCGAGAGAUGGUGGAAUUGGAGAACACUCUCGAGCAAGAGCAGGAAGCACUGGUCAACAAGCUGUGGAAGCGAAUGGACAAACUGGAAGCGGAGAAGCGCUCGCUGCAGAUCAAGCUGGAUCAGCCGGUGUCGGAUCCAACCAGUCCGAAAGAAAUUAACCACCGCAACGAGAAUGGUAACGACACUGCCUCGCAACUUACAGCUCACAUUCAAAACCUCCGCUCGGAGGUGGACCAGUUGCGUAGCAACUUGGCAGCGGCUGCGAAAGAGAAUCAGGAGAAAUCUCAGCACUUUGCUCAAGAAGAGAAAUGUAUUCGCGAUGAAAACAAGCGAUUACAGCAAAAGCUCCAGCAAGAGGUGGAACGCCGUGAAGCUCUCUCUCGUCAUCUGUCCGAGUCGGAAUCGUCCCUGGAGUUCGAAGAGGAACGGCUAUUCAACGAGAAUGUGUCUGCUUUUGCUGCCGCUGGUGGCAGCAGCAAUCGGCCCAUCAGUCCCGGAGGAUUGACUCGUUGUCACGCAUGCGGCCAGCUGGUCAGCCGUCGAACCAGCGAACGAUUUAUCAAACCAGCGAUUCCGAUUGGGCUGAAUACCUCGGCGCCAAAUAUGCUUCACCACAGUAGCGCCGGACCGGCUUCGUCGUGCCAGCCGGGGGGCAGCCAUUUCCCAGUGAUUUCGACUGGUGUCGGAACUGCCGGUGGCGGAGGAGGCAUGGGUUCACUCAACAGUAGCAUGUCAUCGUCGUCGACACCUAACACUAGUAGCAACAUUUCCUUCAGCGGAAAUUCGUCCUUCGUACAGCCGGCCAGUCCAAUGGAUACCUCAAUGUAACUCAGCUACCGUUCAUAAGGACCAUCGAAAUUGAGUGUGCUGCGUAUUGAAACGACGAAUAGAUUGGAAUGGAAAGACAAGCAAGAAGAUUUAGUUCAAUCGUUCAUUGGAGUGCGAAGUCGUUGCUGAUCGAUUGCUGCAGGUAGACGACAAAGAAGAAGUGUAGAAGUUUGGUUAGUGCUUGUACUGCUGCUGUGAAACGUUUACACACCUAUCUACUAUUGAAUGAAGAGUGUAUUAUCCCAUUUUUAGGAUUCACGCUACCUUUUUUUUGUUUAUCGAUAAUGUUUAGAAGUGAACUUUUUUUUUCUUUUAAUAAACAACAGAUCCAAACGGAAUUUGGAAUGACUUGACUGUUAUUUUAGCAUUAUUUGUUGCAAAUCACGGUGCUGGAUUUCAAUAUGCGCGCCAUUGUAACUUUAGAUUAAGUGUACGCGAGCGGUUUAUUUUUCAAAUGUCAUUAAAAAUUGGGUGGGUGACAAUACACAUUUCUGAAUCGACGGUUCUGACAACUGUCAGAAACGCGUGGAAAGUGCUAUGAAAUGACAGGCAUCAAUCCAGUUUUGCUGAACGAAUUCUGUUCCGUGUUCAGCAGUUCUAAUGUUGUCAAGACAUUGCCGAACUAGGUAUCUAAAAGGGCCCCUACAGCCACAGCUUUAAAGGCGUGGGUAUACAUUAAGACCAUGCUGAGGGUAACGGGUUCGAUUCCCGGUCGGUCCAGGAACUUUUCGUAAAGAAAAUUUCUUAGACUUCCUUGGGCAUAGAGUAUCUUCGUGCCUGCCACACGAUAUACAAUCAUAGACAGAGGGAGCUCUCAGUUAAUAAUUGUGGAAGUGUUCAUAGAACACUGAGCACCAAAGUGAGAAGCAGGCUUUGUCUCAGUGGGGAACUUACAUCAAGAAUAAGAAAAAAAUCCAAAAUCAAGCACAUUAGACACUAUCUCACUCCUAGGUGGAAUUGUCACAUGAUUAUGAGUAUUGCUUUGCAAAAAAGCACUUCUACAUAAUAAACAACCUCUAAAACCAAUUCUUUAGGUUCAAAUUGAUUAAGAUUCAUUGUAGCACGAUUGUAACAGAAUAACUGAAUAGCACCAAAAGUCACGGAAAGUUAAGAGACGGCAAAGUGUCGCUCCUAGUGUCGCUCUUCGUGAAAUAUGACUUUAUGUCAGAUAUACACAGUUAUUACCGGUUAGAUCUGCCUGGAUACAUAUAAUGCAAGAGUUGGAACACUAGCGUGGUAUUAUAAAUCAUAAAAGUAUUCAGAAACUCAAACACAAACAGUGAAUUUUUAUAUGAGUUCAAAAGGAGUACAUAUUGUAGUUUCAUCCCUAGUUUUACUAACGUUUGAAAAAUAAACUGCUGCUUCUCUUGAAUAGGGUGAUUCAGGUAAUUUGGACAGACCGUUACGCGUAUAUAUUUUGGACACUUCCAUUUGAUUUUGCCGUAAAUGUCCAAAAUAUAACGCGUAACUGUCUGCCCAAAAUACCUGAAUUCCCCUAUGUACCAAUAUUUACUUUCAGGCUGAAUAGAGCGAGCCUUAUGAACCCAGAAUGAUAUCUCCAGGAAGGUAAAACGGCUGGGGAAAAUAAAAUGCAAAGUUUUAAGUUAUUAACAGCACAACUCUUAAAAUGUUUUCUACACUCAAAUUUUGUGAAAUUGAUUUAUACUUUACGUAUUAUUGUGACUAGACAGCGCUAUACAAAUCCGUUGUUUCAAUUUACCCCGACAGUUUCAACUUCCCCGAGCCAGACAACUUAUGCGCGAUAUUAUUCCAUUCACUUCUAAACAUCCUUUCGAAAAGAGAUCUGCCGCGCAAUGAUUUGUUGUCACAAUUACACCGUUCUCGUACUAAAACAUUAACCAAACAGUGGAAUCACAUUGAAACUAUUAUUACCUACUAAUAGUUGAAUUUUUACAAUGUUGUUAGUUAUUGUAACCUUGAGAUGAAUCAUAGUGAAAACAAAAUCUACGUUGGACGAACGGAACGAGCGGUUGGAUUCCGCGUAUAAAAGAACAUUGGUUGGGAACGAAAUACAAAUGAAGCUUACAAAACGACACAGUUGUAAACAGGAAAAGAAACCUAGAAUUGAAACAUGAAAGUACUUAUAUAAAACACUCAUACCACACGAAUACAACACUUCAAUCCUUUUUUAUAUCAAAAUCUAAAACUACAAAAAAAAAACUCGCAUUCGCUUACAACACACAGGAGCCGUAGUCGAAAUUGAAUGAUGGUAAAUGUAUCAAAGUAAGCACAUAGGUAUUGCAAUCUUGCAUCGCAUGGCCACCAACGAGUGAUGUAAACACAAAACAGAAACAUAGUCAUAUUAAACAUGCAAACACAAUAGGCGCAUGCUAAUUUCAAAUCAAUCCUACAGAGGGAUCGCCAUCGCAGCAUCGGAUUUAUAAUGUAGUUCAAUAGAUAGCAUAUUAUUGUUGAUCAAACUGAAACAACCGCAGAAGAGUACGCAAAUCUUCAUCUCUCUUUCACAAGUUCACGACAUUCAGUCAGAGUCGUUCACAGUCCAAAAACUAGUGAAGAAACAAACGAAGAAGUCCGAAAAUAAUAACUUCUGCGACUAUCGUCAACUGUAAGAAUGUAGCUUUUUCAAACGACCUGAUAGUAGGUACACGAUUGCCGCAGUUUGAGUAGUAUAACAGCAAACAAAAAUACAUAGUCAGGAACCUCUUUUGCUUAGCCAAUCCCAAAUUUAUGUUUUGAAAAAGACCAUUUCUUCGGAAAGUCAUCUGAUUAUACAACUCGUAUGUAUGGAAUGUAUGAGAACCCACUGAUAAACGGUUUUAAACCAACAAUGUCGGUCCCUUCUCUGGAGUCUGUAAACUUUAUAGCUCAACAAGAUGUUCUGCUGUUUUUACUAGCAAGCAACGUGUUUCGUCCGUCAGCUUAUGCUUUAUAAUUAUUAUUCUGAUUAUACCUAUUAUUUUAUUUUAUUUUACUAUACAGGAUCAUUGAUUAAUAAAUUAUCGUAAUAAACGUUA